AUGUUCACAGCGCAAAAUGCAUCCAUCGUUAAAUACAAAAUAAGAAGGCUAGAAUUUAUGGCAAGUAAACAUGUACAAAUGAUGAUAUCAUCACUAUCAUUAUUGAAAUCACCACCUACUGCUCAAACAUCUAUUGCUGCUGCUGUUUCACCAACUAAUACACAAGCACUUGCUCAAACUGUUUCACCAACUACUACACAAUCAUUUCAAUCAUACAUUACACCACCUCCAUAA